AUCUGAGCUCACAGUGACGUGGCCCUUAGGAGACCCAGAGCCAAUGCAUGGAUUAGUCUCUCCUCCUAGUUGCAGUCUGGUAGUCGUCGCUGGCUGUGCGAAGGCUCUCUGUUGCCCUGAAGGCAGGCGAGCCAGCUGCCCAGGAAAGGUGGAAAGUGGUGAAGCUGACCCCUGAGCCCUGGCAGGUCUUUAAGUGCUUUUGUGCAGCCGAUUUCAAGGCUAAGAGAGAAAGACUGCCUCUGAUCCCUGAAGGAAGAAAAAAAAAACAGGAAAAAAACUCAACAUGGAAAAUGUCCCCAAGGAAAACAAAGUUGUGGAGAAGGCCCCAGCGCAGAAUGAAGCCCCCGCUUUAGGAGGUGGUGAAUACCAGGAGCCUGGAGGAAAUGUUAGAGGGGUUUGGGCUCCACCUGCCCAGGAUUUUGGAGAGGAUGUGCCCAAUAGGCUUGUCGAUAACAUUGAUAUGAUAGAUGGAGAUGGAGAUGAUAUGGAACGGUUCAUGGAGGAGAUGAGAGAGCUAAGGAGGAAAAUUAGGGAACUUCAGUUGAGGUACAGUCUGCGCAUUCUUAUAGGGGACUCCCCUUACCAUGAUCAUCAUGAUGAGUUUUGCCUUAUGCCUUGAAUCUUGAGGUUAAUAAUCAUAAAAUCCCUGCUUUCUAAAUUCGCAUUUUUCCUGGUGUACCUUUAAUGUGAACCUUUUGGCAUUCUUCUGCAAUUUUCUGAUUGGAGAUUGCAUUUUGACCUAGUCUGUAAGUUUUUCUGUCAGAAGAGGACUUUCAUCAGCUUUCAUGGAAAGAUGUUUAUUGCAUACUAUAAAGUUAAUAAAGCAAUUUAAAAGCAGUCUA